UUCAUUAAUAUCCUUAAACAUAUAUAUACAUAGGCUCUUGUGUGGUCAUUAAUCAUUAAUGAUGAGGGCACCAUGGAUCUGUUAUUGUUUUGCCUUGUUUCUCAUCUUCAAUUGCUGCUCAACCACUGCCAAGUCAUCCUUUGGUUACCCUACUGCAAAUCUUUCAACCACAUGGACCAACACGGAAUCUUUACCCCAUUCUGUUAAUUUCACAGAUGGUUCAAGGGUCCGAGCCAUUCUCCUUGGAGGUUCAUCUGGGUCGAAAUUUGCUUGUGGGUUUUACUGCAAUGGAACAUGCACCUCUUACCUCUUCGCUGUCUUUAUUGUUCAAACCAACCGUGCUAGUAGUAUCGUUCUACCAGCUAGCGGGUUCCCUCAAGUGGUGUGGUCAGCAAACCGAGACUAUCCAGUUAGCUAUGGUGCAGUACUGAAUCUCACUGCAACCGGAGAAUUGGUCCUACAGGAUGUUGAUGGAAGCAAAGUUUGGUCUACCAACACCGCCGAGAAAUCUGUUGCUGGUUUAAACAUGACUGAUGAUGGGAACCUAGUGCUGGUUGAUAUUAGUGGCUCUGUGGUUUGGCAAUCUUUUGAUCACCCGACAGACUGUUUGGUACUGGGGCAAAGACUGUUUCAAGGACAACAGUUAAUACCUAGUGUUUCGUCGAAUAACUGGACUACCCAAAAAGGUUUAUAUUCUCUUCAAGUGACAGAUAAAGGAUUGUUUGCUUAUGUUGGAACAAACCCACCUCAAGCCUAUUACAGUAAACCGGUCUCUAGCAACGAUAAAAAUAAAGGAAGAAGAUACGUUAGGUUCUUGAAUGGUAGUUUGUCUUUAUUCAUUGAUACUGUUGAGCCAAGUGAACCUGAUGGCCUGAUUACCAUACCUCGAGCAUCAUCGACCCAGUAUAUGAAAUUGAUGCCGGACGGGCAUUUGAAAGUGUUUGAAUGGCAAGAAAGGUGGUUAGUGGUGGCAGACCUACUUAACAGUUAUCUUGGAGAGUGUAAUUAUCCUAUGGCUUGUGGAAGAAAUGCCCUUUGCUCAGGUAAUCAACAGUGUAGCUGUCUAGUACCAGUAAACUUCAUAGCAGUUGAUGAGCGACAACCGAACAUGGGUUGCUCUGAAAUUACUCCUCUCACAUGUAAUGCAGUCCAUGGUUUUAUUACACUUGAGAACGUUACAUACUUCAACAUUAUUGCAGACAUGGAGAAGGUGGAUAUUGAGACUUGCAAACAAGCAUGUCUCCACAAUUGCUCAUGUGUAGCAGCUAUAUUUCAUUAUGGCUCAAAUUCUUCAAGUGGGGAUUGUUUUUUACCUUUUGAGCUCUUCACAAUGAUGAAUGUUGAUCCAGAUGCAAAUCAUCAUAAUGCUUCAGCUUUCAUAAAAAUCCAAAAAGAAGGACAGCUUUCUAAGGCUAAUACAGGUGUAUCACCUGCAAGAGUUGUAUUAACUUCCAUUUUGGGAAGUGUUAUGUUUCUGAUUCUGGUUAUACGUUUCAUUAUAUACAUAAUCCAAAAGCGAAGACCGGCAGAAGAAUCUAUAGGCGAGAUACCAGGAAUGCCGACUCGGUUUUCCUAUGAAGAAUUGAAAGCUGCCACAGAGGAUUUCAGUAACAAGCUUGGUGAAGGAGGAUUCGGAGCUGUUUUUGAAGGGACUCUUAAAGAUUGCUCAAAGAUUGCAGUUAAAUGUCUUGAGGGUCUUGGGCAGGUUAACAGUUCAUUCCUAGCUGAAGUUCAAACCAUUGGAAGCAUUCACCAUGUAAAUCUGGUUACGCUCAGAGGAUUUUGUGCAUGGAAAUCAAAACGUUUUCUCGUGUAUGAAUUCAUGAGUAAUGGAUCAUUAGAUCGGUGGAUCUACCAUGGAAUCCGAGAGCACGCACUGGAAUGGGAAUGCAGAAAGAAAAUCAUUCUUGAUGUAGCCAAGGGUCUAGCAUAUCUUCAUGAAGAAUGUAGGCAAAAAAUCAUCCACUUAGAUAUUAAACCUCAAAACAUAUUGCUGGACAGUGAUUUCAACGCCAAAGUAUCAGAUUUCGGGUUGUCAAAGCUCAUAGACAGAAAUCAAUCCGAAGUGAUGACUACGAUGAGAGGAACCCCGGGAUAUCUAGCUCCAGAAUGGUUGAGCUCAGUUAUUACUGAAAAAGUGGAUGUAUACGGCUUUGGGAUCAUUCUCCUAGAGAUGUUGUGUGGGAGGAAGAAAUUUGACAAAUCUCAGCCUGAAGAAAGCCAGCACUUACUUGAUGUGCUUCAAAAAUGUUGGGAACAGGGAACUCUGAAAGAUAUGGUUGACAAGUACAGUGAAGAUAUGGAGACACACAGUUCAGAAGUUGUGGAGAUGAUGAAAUUGGCUUCAUGGUGUUUACAAUAUGACUAUACGAAAAGGCCUUCAAUGUCGAUGGUGGUUAAGGUGUUAGAUGGCGUAAUGGAAGUUGAAUCUAGGUUGGAUUACAACUUCACGGAUCCUGGAAUGCAAAACGCAGCAGUUGAAGCAGAGAAAGAUAUGACACCAUUGAUGGCUUCUGUUAUUUCUGGUCCUAGCUCCUAGGUAAGUAACCAUGAGGUUCUAGUGGAUGACAUGUAUGCACAUUCGCAAUGUUUCAUGGGUUUUUUGGUGUUCUUUUGUCUUAAACUUUUGGUAUAAGAAUAUGUCCUAGUUGACUAGCAUUGGUAUGGUUACUAGCAUGUAUCUUG